CUUACCAUGAAACUGAGCGAUUCUUGGCCACCUUUGAAUCUCCUUCUACAACAUUUAUACGUUUACGGCUAGGACUACUAGGGUCUCUAAUUCCGCUCGCUCCCCUAGCUUUCGUCUUUCAGUGUCGGUGUCGGUGUCGGCCCAGGGGAGGGUGUUGUUUCUGAUCUCUGCGCAUUUCACUUGCAAGUUGUACCUGGGACUUAUCAUGAAAUUCAGUAAUUCUUUGGCACCUUUGAAUCUCCUUCUACCUCAUAUACUUCUCAUUUCCUGUGUCAGCAACUUGUUCAUGGGAUUCCCAUCUGCCUUUGCUCAAUCAGGAAAUGAAACAGAUAGACUAGCCCUGCUUGAUAUCAAAGCAAAGAUAACCCAUGAUCCUCUGGGAAUUCUCAACUCAUGGAAUGACUCCACCCACUUCUGCCUGUGGCAUGGUGUCACGUGCGGGGCCCGCCACCGGAGGGUCACCGCGCUCGACCUCCGGUCUCAAAAACUAGCGGGGCCCAUUUCGCCUCAUGUAGGGAACUUGAGCUUUCUCAGGGCCUUGAAUCUCCAAAACAACACCUUGGGUCCUGAAAUCCCCAUGGAACUUGGAAACUUGAGGAGACUCCAGAUUUUACGGCUACACAAUAACUCCAUCACCGGAGAGAUACCCGUUAACAUAUCCGCAUGUUCUAACCUCGUUCGAAUCAGUUUGGCUAAUAACAAGUUGGUGGGGAACAUUCCGGCUCAGCUCGGAUUCUUGUCAAGGCUGGAGAUGCCUAGGCUUCACCGGAUAGUCGUGUCCCUCAAUCAUUUAGGAAACGGGAAAAAUGACGACUCGAGUUUCUUCUCCUCGUUGAUCAAUGUGACCAGUUUAGAGGAAUUGGCAGUGGAUGGGAACAACUUAGAAGGGGUGUUGCCUGAAUCAAUCAGUAAUUUUUCAACUAUCCUUUCGAAGAUGAAUUUGGCCGAGAAUUUUAUGUUUGGAAGCAUUCCAGUUGGGCUAGGGAAUCUGAUUCAAUUGGAGACUAUAAAUAUGGGUGGAAACCAAUUCAGUGGCAAUAUCCCAAAUGGCAUUGGAAAUCUGCAUAAGCUGAAGGUAUUGAACAUAUCUGACAACAAAUUACUUGGAAACAUUCCUUCCUCUCUAGGAAACUUGAGUAUGUUGAUCAACUUCAAUCUUGGAGGAAAUAAUCUUCAAGGGACCAUUCCUUCAAGUCUAGGGAACUGCCGAAAUUUGGCUAGAUUGGAACUUGCUAAAAACAAACUUAGUGGUACCUUGCCCGCUGAAGCACUUGGUAUCGUGACUCUAGUUGUUUUCGACGUAUCUCAAAACAAUUUGACUGGUUCCUUGCCUGUGGAAGUCGGAAAUUUGAUCAAUCUGGAAAAAUUGGAUGUUUCUGAGAACAUGUUUUCCGGGGAAAUCCCCAGCAGUCUUAGUCGCUGUGUACGAGUGGAGAGACUAUAUAUGCAGGGGAACUUAUUUUCUGGAGCAAUUCCUUCACUUUUGAGUUCUUUGAGAGGUAUUCAGUUUUUAGACCUUUCUCACAACAAUUUGUCAGGAGAAAUUCCAGAUUAUCUAGAGGAAUUCAAAUUCUUGCAAAGUCUUAAUCUCUCUUUUAAUGACUUUGAGGGUUCUGUACCAACAGAAGGUGUUUUUGAAAACACAAGUGCGAUAUCAGUACUUGGUAAUGAAAAUCUCUGUGGUGGCGUCGAAGAACUAGACCUCCCCACAUGCAUUAUUGAAGGCUCUACCAAGAAAACAUUGAGUCUUACUGUGAUAAUUUCUCUUUACUCUCCCAGGAAUUAUAGUACUCUCUCUAUGUUUGGUAUUAUUUGUUUGGUUUCAAAGAAGAGGAAUAAGGCCUUCGCCAAUAGCACUAGAAAAUUCACUUUUGAAGGUGUCUUACCAAAAUCUCCUUGA